AUGGACUCAAAUUACCAGCGUCAUCAUCCCAUCCACACACAUACUCGCCUCCCGUCUGCCUCUUCGGCGGCGGCCAGCGAGAGGUUGACCAAUGCGCUCAACGACCUGGUGCUCUCCGGCAACGCAACGACACCACAGACGGCCAUGAUCAAGUCACCGUGCUUCUACCACACCAGGUUCGACGAUGCCGUCAACAUUGACAAGGUUCUGGAGGAGAUUACGAAUGAUGAGUCCAUGUCACAUUGCAGGCUCGUGCAGACGGCCACCAGCGUGCGCGAGGUGUCAAAGCAACUACAGCGUCGACCUCUGAAGCGUGCUGUACGCAGCGUCAUGAUCGUCACCAAGGCGCGUGACAACCAGCUCGUCGUCCUCACCAGUGAGCUGACAAAAUGGCUGCUGUCCACGCCUCGCUACGGCUCGGACCUCGGUUUCACCGUCUAUGUCGACUCCAAGCUGCGCAACUCAAAACGCUUCGACAAGAAGGGCAUUCUGAAUCAGAACCCCCGCUUCGAGCACAUGCUCAAGUUCUGGACCCCCGACAUGUGCUGGAACCAGCCCGAGAAGUUCGAUCUGGUGUUGACGCUUGGCGGUGACGGUACCGUCCUCUACACGUCCUGGCUCUUCCAACGCAUCGUCCCGCCCGUCCUGUCCUUCAGCCUGGGCAGCCUCGGGUUCAUGACGACCUUUGAGUUUGAGAAGUACAAGGAGCAUCUCGAUCGCGUGCUGGGCGACGCCGGCAUGAAGAUCAACCUCCGCAUGCGCUUCACCUGCACCGUCUGGCGAGCUGGCUUGCUGGGAGACUCGCAAGAGGGCGAGCAGUUUGAGGUGCUCAACGAACUCGUCAUUGACCGCGGGCCGUCUCCCUACGUGUCCAACCUCGAGCUCUACGGCGACGACGAGCUGCUCACCGUCGUCCAGGCCGACGGGUGCAUCUUCUCCACGCCCACCGGAUCCACGGCCUACUCCCUCUCCGCCGGUGGCUCGCUGGUGCACCCCGACAUCCCCGCGAUCCUCCUCACGCCCAUCUGUCCCCACACCCUCUCUUUCCGCCCCAUGGUUCUCUCCGACACAAUGGCACUGCGGGUGGCCGUGCCCCGCGACUCGCGCGCGACAGCAUACUGUGCCUUUGACGGCAAAGGCCGGAUCGAGCUGCGGCAGGGUGACCAUGUGACCAUCACCGCCUCGCAGUAUCCCUUCCCCACCGUCACGCGCACGGACAAUGAGUGGUUCGACAGCGUCCGCCGCACCCUGCGAUGGAACGUCCGCGCCGCCGCGCAGAAGCCCUUUGACAGCACGGCCGGGACGCCCGAGGAUGAGGCGGACGACGACGUCUGGGACAUUGACACAGACUCGGGCUUCUACGCCAGCGAGGAGGGCAGUGCUGCGGCCAGCCCCAUACGCAAGCAGAUGCUGGGGAUGUAG